GACGUCAACGCAGCGACUCCGGAGGUUUCCCCGAGGGCAGGAGCCUGUUAGGUCUCCGCGGGCGGCGCGGCGGGCUGUCUUUAAGGCUUUGUGGGGACCGCUUUUUGGCUAUGGGUGGCUCGGUGUCUUGAGGGGGCUGCCGGGAGAAGGCUCGAACCUUCCGCCCACCCCCCACGGCUUUCGGAUGGCAGUGGUGUCGGCGGGGCUGGUGUGCAGAAGGCAGGUACCACGACCUCGGGGGCUGGCGGUGCGCAGGUCGGCUCCACCUCGGGGCGAGCCAGGCCUCCGAUUUGAGUCCGUGGUGUCUGGUGGGCGGGUGUCCUGUGUGAUCUCCCCUGGGUCACCCAGCCUUGGGCCCUCGUUCCCUUCCCUGAAAUAAGCCUGCCCCGCCUACCCGCUAUCUUGGUUUCAAAGAGCAAAUGAAAAAGUGUUUUUGGAAGCUAUCAAGUGCAUCGUUGUUAAACGUAGUUCGCAAUGCUCCCUAAAAUUCCCUGACCCUAUAACACUUUUGCUACUAGUAACGUUUAGAUAAACUUCAGUGAAAUGACUCUUCAGGAAUUGGUGCAUCAAGCUGCCUCCAUUUACUCCGAUAAAAUAGCUGUAUGUUUUGAUGAAUGUAAUGACCAGCCUCCAGUUUAUUACACCUACAAGAAUCUGAUCAGUGCUGCUUCAGAAUUAUCAAAUUUUCUGCUAUUACACUGCGACUUUCAAGGCAUUCGUGAAAUUGGUCUCUACUGCCAUCCUGGGAUAAACGUACCCUCUUGGAUUUUAGGAAUUAUCCAAGUCCCUGCUGCUUAUGCUCCCAUUGAUCCAGAUUCACCACCAGCAUUAUCAACUCAUUUUAUGAAAAAAUGUAAUCUAAAGUACAUUCUUGUUGAAAAACAGCAAAUUAAUAAAUUCAAGUCUUCCUAUGAAAUAUUAUUGAACUAUGAUACACUUACAGUAGAACAUAAUGACUUAGUACUCUUCAGACUUUAUUGGAAAAAUAUUGAGGUGAACUUGAUGGAAAAUGAUAGAAGAGAGAAAUACGAAAAAGAUAAAGUGGUAAACAGCACCAGUUCUGAGAAAAGCAAUGAAGAAAAGCCAGAAGAGCAUAUGGAUGUGAGGCUAAAGCAUUGUCUAGCCUAUGUUCUCCAUACAUCAGGCACCACGGGGAUACCUAAGAUUGUCAGAGUCCCUCAUGCAUGUAUAGUGCCGAACAUCCAACAUUUUCGGGUACUUUUCGAGAUCACACAAGAAGAUGUUUUAUUUCUAGCUUCACCUCUGACCUUUGAUCCCUCAGUUGUGGAAAUAUUUGUUGCUCUAUCAAGUGGUGCCUCUCUGCUUAUUGUACCAACUUCUGUCAAAGUGCUCCCAUCGAAAUUAGCUGCUGUUCUCUUUUCCCGUCACAGAGUGACUAUUUUGCAGGCAACACCGACAUUGCUUAGAAGAUUUGGAUCUCAGCUUAUCAAAUCCACUGUUUUAUCAGCCAGUACUUCUCUUCGAGCAUUAGCCCUUGGUGGUGAAGCUUUCCCCUCACUGACUGUUCUCAAAGGCUGGAGAGAAGUAGGCAAUAGAACACAAAUAUUUAAUGUUUAUGGGAUCACAGAGGUAUCAAGUUGGGCGACUUUUUACAGGAUUCCAGAAGAGAUUCUUAACUCUACUUUGAAAUGUGAAUUGCCUAUUCAACUGGGAUUUCCACUGCUGGGAACAGUGGUUGAAGUCAGAGAUACUAGUGGUUUCAGAAUUGAAGAAGGCACUGGCCAAGUAUUUUUAGGUGGCAGAAACAGAGUAUGUUUUCUGGAUGGCGAAGUGACAGUACCCCUUGGCACAAUGCGAGCCACAGGUGACUUUGUGACUGUGAAAGAUGGAGAGUUAUUCUUCUUGGGACGAAAGGACAGUCAGAUCAAACGUCACGGCAAACGUCUUAACAUUGAACUUGUGCAACAGGUUGCUGAAGGACUUCAACAAGUGGAGUCAUGUGCAGUUAUAUGGUAUAAUCAGGAAAAAUUAAUUCUGUUCGUGGUGUCAAAAAAUGUGAUAGUAAAGAAUUACAUCUUUAAAGAACUAGAGACACAUCUUCCAAGCCAUGCAAUCCCAGAUGAGCUUGUGCUGAUUGAUUCUCUACCAUUCACAUCUCAUGGCAAAAUUGAUGUUUCCGAGUUAAACAAGAUCUAUUUAAACUACACAAACUUGAAGUCUGAGCAUAAGCUUAAAGGAAAAGAGGAACUUUGGGGGAAAUUACAGCAUUUGUGGAAGUCUAUUCUAAGUCUCUCAGAAGAUCCUUUGAAGGUUCCUGAUGAGUCACUCUUUUUAAAUAGUGGUGGAGAUUCCUUGAAGUCCAUACGGCUCCUCAAUGAGAUUGAAAAACUUGUUGGCACAUCAGUACCUGGGCUCCUGGAAAUGAUCCUUAGCAAACCCAUUUUAGAGAUUUACACUCACAUCCUUCAAACAGUGUUUCCAGAUGAAGAUCUGACAUUUUGUGAGAAUUAUGCCACUAAAAGAAAAUUCAGCAACGUUAAUCAAGAGGAAACCAGUGGAAAAUUUUUACCUCAGAAGUCAGACAUGCCUUUAAAUUUAGACAACGGGAUAAAUGCUUUUAUUGCCCUGAGCAGAGGGAGUCAGAUUUUGUCUAUGAAUGCUACUAGGUUUUUAACUAAGUUAAAACAUUGCCCUUCGGCCUGUUCUUCUGAUUUAAUUUCACAGACUGCUAUUAAAAAAGUGAAAAGCUUAAAUCCUCCAGCUCUUCUUGGGAAGUCAAAAGAUACAACCUGUGUUGAAAAAGUUUGUGAAGAUGGAACAUCUGUGAAAAGGGCUGAGACAAUGGAAUUACGUGUCAGGUGGAGGGCAGACACAGGCAAAUGUGUAGAUGCUUCGCCUCUCAUCGUAGUACCAGCUGUUGAUGAGUCAUCUGCAACUGUGUUCAUUGGCUCCCAUUCUCACAGAAUGAUGGCGGUUGACCUUUACUCUGGGAAGGUGAAGUGGGAACAGCUUUUGGGAGAUCGAAUUGAAUCCUCAGCAUGUGUAUCUAAGUGUGGAAACUUUAUUGUAGUAGGCUGUUAUAAUGGGUUAGUUUAUGUCCUAAAAAGUAAAAAUGGAGAAAAACACUGGGUGUUUACUACUGAGGAUGCUGUCAAAAGCUCGGCAACCAUGGAUCCAACCACAGGAUUCCUUUACAUUGGCUCUCAUGACCAGCAUGCAUAUGCUUUGGAUAUUUAUGAAAAGAAGUGUGUUUGGAAGUUACAAUGUGGAGGAACUAUCUUUUCUUCGCCUUGUUUGAACUUGAUUCCAUAUCACUUGUAUGUUGCUACCCUAGGAGGACUUUUACUGGCUGUAAAUCCUGCCACUGGAAAUACAGUUUGGAAACAUGGCUGUGGAAAACCACUCUUCUCUUCUCCAAGGUGUUGCCUGCAGUAUGUUUGCAUUGGCUGUGUAGAUGGGAAUUUACUUUGCUUUACUCACUUUGGAGAACAGGUUUGGCAAUUCUCUACCAGUGAACCCAUCUUUUCAUCCCCAUGUCUUUCCACAUCAGAGCAAGAAAUAUUUUUUGGUUCCCAUGAUUGCUUUAUCUACUGUUGUACUAUGAAAGGUCAUCUCCAAUGGAAAUUUGAAACUACCUCAAGGGUAUAUUCAACACCAUUUGCUUUCCAUAACAAGUAUAGCAAUGAAAUGUUGCUGGCAGCGGCAUCUACUGAUGGGAAACUAUGGAUCUUGGAAUCUAAGAGUGGACAAUUGCAAAGGGUACAACUUUAUGACAUCUGCAUACCCUAUUGCGAGCUCACCACCUGAAGUCUAGUCUCCUUCUGUCACCAUAUAUUUGACCACCUUUACCCUCUUCAUCUUUCCCCUCACCCCCUUCCACUUUGGUGGCCACCAUUCUGUUGUCUGUAUCUGUGAGUUUGUUUGAUUUUUGGUAACCACCAUUCUGUUGUCUGUAUCUGUGAGUUUGUUUGAUCAUUUAUUGCUUUUGGUUUUAUAUCCUCCAUACAAGUGAAAUCAUACAAUUUUUGUCUUUUUCCAUCUGUUUUAUUUCACUUACUGUGUU